ACAGCCCAGAGUAGAAAACUGAGAAAAAUCCCAAAUAUGUGACAAUGAAUGUUGCAAACCACUCAUUCAGAGCAGAUGUGCACGUUUUCUCCACGUAUUUUUUAUGCAUUUGCCCUUUGAAAGUGAGUGAGACUUGAUGGAAAUUAAACACGUUUUUUUUUUUUUUGAAGAAGAAAACAUACAUGCACUCAAACUCAUACUGAGGAUAAGGAACUCCAGCACCUGCCUGCGAGAAAAUUAAUUGAAGUCGCUGGAUAUUUGAAGAGUCAAAGAUACAAGACUGGACGUUGCGAUAUGAGAAUAUGAAUCACAGAAACUAUUUCCAUUUACGGGAAUAGUGGAUUUGAGAAAGACUUUUUUGCGCAACGAUUCUGUGGUCCAGAACACUGUACUGUAGUGUUAUUCGUCUUUUACUGACAGUUACCGUAGAACAUCUUCUCUUCUGUGAUCAAACAAAACAACGAUAACCCAUCACUAACGGAAUAAUUUGAAGCAAAAGAGACUGGUCUACAGUAGUAAACCUGGCACCAAAAUGUUCCCAAUGGACAUUAACGCGUUUAUAUGCGCUGCUGUUUCUAUCUGCCUGGUCGGGCCGGCCGACAGUGUCAGGAUCUCUCCACCAAAGCUGACCCCUUCAGAUGAACAGCAUGUGAUUGAGGCUGGAGGCACUCUAACAAUAACUUGCAGGGGACUGGCUCCGCUCAUGUGGGCGUGGCCCCCGCUUCUAGACUCAGACAGUGGGAGGCUGAGGAUCGAUGAGCGUGACUGUCUGCCUGGGAGGGAGACCCACUGCAGUGCGCUGACCAUCAGCAGCGCUCAGUACAGAGACACAGGCUAUUACUCCUGCAACUACACACAUUCCACAGACAGCAUGGUCAGCAGAACGUAUGUGUUUGUGAAAGAUGAUGAAAAUCCAUUUGUGGAACCUCACAUACAUUCCCCUCAAUCCCUGCUCAUAGAGACUGGCAACACAGAACUGGUGGUGCCUUGUAGAGUCACAUCCCCAGACCUCAGAGUCACCUUGACAACGCUUCCUUCUAAUGCAUUUGAAAGCCUUGACGCUCAAUGGGACCCCAAGAUUGGCUUUACCCUGUCAUCAGAUGUUUUUAAAAUUCUGAUAUGUACAACCAAUGUGAAAGGAAAAGAGACACACACCCUUUAUAUGCCAGUGAAAAUAGCUCCAGACUUCCAUAACUUAAAGAUGGAGCCGACGCGAGUGACGCUUCUGGCUGGAGACACGCUUUCGAUCAAUUGCUCUGCACAGACCACUUACAAUGGAAGAAUAGAAUUACAGUGGGACUACCCCCGGAAAUUGUUAAACGGUUCAGUCACACUGACAAAGAGCAUGGACAGGUCAACCCCUGUCUACACAGCCUACAGCAAGCUGGUCCUGCACAAUGCCACCAUGGCAGACAGAGGCACUUACACAUGCAUCGGAAUCAAUAAACACAAAAUGGAUGUAUCCACCAAGGUCAAUGUCUAUGAACACCCUUUCAUUAACGCUACUCAUAAAACCAGACCUGUUAUUGAAGUCCAUGAGGGGCGGAAGAAGCUGAGAAUCGUGGCGAAGGUCAAUGCAUUACCAGCCCCAGAGGUUGCAUGGUACAAAGAUGGUUUCCUAAUUAAGGAAAACCACACCUGCUACAAGCAAAAUGGCUCUAUUCUCAGCAUCAGGGACAUUAAAGAAAAGGAUGCUGGGAGAUUCACCAUUGCUCUGAGCAAUAAGAAGCAUGGUUUAUAUAAGAACCUCACAUUCACACUGAUUGUCAAUACGAGGCCGCAGAUCUACGAGGAGGAGGUGGCGGCAGUAGAUCUGUAUCCAUACCAGCUGGGGGAAGAGCAGCGGCUGACCUGCACUUCAUACGGCGUCCCGGCCCCCCAGAUCAUCUGGAAUUGGCAACCCUGCAAUCCUGAUCCCUCCAAUACUGUAUGUGAAAAGCAGGAGGCACAGCAAGUCCAGGUUUGGACAGGAGGCAGCAAGGAGGACCUGCACAUGACCAACAGGAUUGAGGCCAUUGAGAAUAAAACUGAAAUCAACAAAGGGAAGAACAAGACUGUGAGCACUUUGGUUGUAGCAGAGGCGAAAGUGUCUGGAACUUAUCAGUGCAUCGCUGUCAACAAAAGAGGCUUUGACAAAUACAAUAUUGAUUUCUAUGUAGCAGACUCCAAGAAGUCUUUUGAAACCAAAUCUCGAACGGCCGUCAAAGGACAAGACAUCAAUCUCACAUGCCUUGCCACAAGGUACAUGUAUAAGGAGCUGAGCUGGCACUACCCCAGCAAUGAGACGGUGGCCGACGUGUUCUUGGAGUAUGGGACGUACUCCAUCAAGCUGUCCUUCACCUUGAAGAACGUGUCCACUGAGGACGCUGGCCUCUACGAAUGCAGAGCACACGAUGUGUACCACAACACAACGAUUCGGCAGAAGGCAGAGCUCCUUGUUGCAGAACGUAAGGUCCCUUGGUUACAGCAGAACCUCACAAACCAGGAUGUGAACAGCAGCAGCACGCUGAUUCUGGGGUGUCAUGCCAACGGGGUGCCCACUCCUUACGUCACCUGGUAUAAAAAUGGGCAGCCGGUCCAGCCAGCCCCUGGUAUUACCCUGGGGGCUCAUGGUUUAUUGACCAUCGAAAGAGUGAAGAAAGACGAUGGAGGACUGUACGAGUGCUGGGCGAGCAACGACGAAGGGGAAGUGAAAACAGCUGCCGUCAUCACUGUGCUGGGACUGGAAGAGAAGUCUAACUGGGAGGUGAUUGUCCUGGUUUGUACUGGUCUGGUCGCCACUCUCUUCUGGCUGCUGCUGACCCUGUUCAUCCGCAAACUGAAGAAGCCCAGCUCUGCAGACAUUAAAACCGGCUACCUGUCAAUCAUAAUGGACCCGGACGAAGUGCCUCUGGACGAGCAGUGUGACCGCCUGCCUUACGACAGCAGCAAGUGGGACUUCCCGAGAGACAGGCUGAGGCUGGGUAAAACGCUUGGCCACGGAGCUUUUGGGAAGGUGGUUGAGGCGUCUGCUUUUGGAAUCGAUAAAUUAUCAACCUGCAAGACCGUGGCUGUCAAAAUGUUAAAAGACGGGGCUACGACCAAUGAAUGCAAGGCCCUAAUGUCAGAGCUGAAAAUCCUGAUUCACAUUGGCCAUCACCUGAAUGUAGUGAACCUGCUGGGAGCAUGUACCAAGCCAGGGGGUGCUCUGAUGGUGAUCGUGGAAUUCUGCAAGUAUGGAAACCUGUCUAACUAUCUGAGAAGCAAGAGAAGUGAUUUUGUUGUGUACAAGAGCCAGGAGGGUUCCGGAGGGGAGUCGAGUCCUGACCUGAAAGAGCUGAUCAAGAGGAGGCUGGAGAGCGUGGCGAGCACUGGGAGCUCAGCCAGCUCGGGGUUCAUAGAAGAUAAGAGCUACUGUGAUUCAGAGGAAGAGGAGGAAGAUGCUGAUGAUUUAUACAAGCGAGCUCUGACCAUGGAAGACCUGAUCUGUUACAGCUUUCAAGUAGCGAAAGGCAUGGAAUUUCUGGCGUCACGGAAAUGUAUCCACCGUGACUUGGCAGCCAGAAAUAUCCUUUUGUCUGAAAACAAUGUUGUGAAGAUAUGUGACUUUGGGCUGGCCAGGGACAUUUACAAAGACCCAGAUUAUGUGCGCAAAGGAGAUGCCAGACUUCCCCUCAAAUGGAUGGCACCUGAAGCUAUUUUUGACAAGAUCUACUCAACGCAGAGCGAUGUGUGGUCAUUCGGUGUGCUCAUGUGGGAGAUAUUUUCUCUCGGUGCCUCCCCCUACCCUGGUCUACACAUUGAUGAGGAGUUCUGCUGCCGCCUAAAGGAAGGGACACGGAUGAGAGCUCCUGAGUACGCCUCCUCUGAAAUCUAUCAGACGAUGUUAGACUGCUGGGAAGGGGAACCUACUGAAAGACCAAACUUCACAGAGCUGGUGGAGCGACUGGGAGACCUGUUACAGGCCAAAGUCCAGCAGGAUGGCAAGGAUUACAUUCCAAUAAACACAAUGCUGGCCGAGGGACAGGAGACCUCCAGCACCUCUACAGCAGAGGAGACCUCAAGCACAUUUGUGAAUCAGAGACACUCAGGGGGAACAUGGAACAUAAAAAUACGUCCCGUCAGUGUGAAGACCUUUGAUAAGGUCCCUGUAGACAACAAAACAAACGGACCGCAGGAGGAGGGCGAGUCGGACAGCGGGAUGGUGCUGGCCUCUGAAGAGAUGAAGAGUGUGAAGAGACUGGAAACGCGAGCCAAGCCGUUAAGCAGAAUGCCUUUAGCAAUGAAAGCAGUGAGCAAAAGUAAAGAAUCAGUGUUGUCCGAUGGGGAGAAGGAGACAAAGUACCUGCAGGAGCCCCUCGAUUUCAGCCUGGAGCACUCCGUUCUCCUCCGCAUGGACCCCAACCUGGAGUGCCACAGCCCCCCGCCAGACUACAACUAUGUCGUCCGCUACUCUGCACCACCAGUGUAGUGCGGUGCCACCACACUCAGUGAAGUCUGUUUGUAAUGUACGGCAUUGCUUCUUACCUCAACAAUGCAAAUGUAACUUUGUGAUUGGAUCAAGCAGGCGGGCACAUUUCUAGGCCACGCUUUACUAGAAUUGGCAGUCUAUAGGAAUACGGGUCAGUAAAGGGCUGUUCUUGUAAUUAAGCGUGGACUUGAUCAUGAACUCAUUAUUAGAGGAAUCAUAAGGAAACAAUAUUUGAGUUUAUGUGUAACAAGUUUUUUUUUAUUUUUUAUUUGUUUGUCUGUUUUUUUAAAUACCUUCCAAGUGCUGAAAACGAAUUUCAAAGUCAGAAAACUUUCUCUUUUUAUUUAUAAUGUAUAUGGGUAUCAAACAAAAGCAGCUUUUCAUUGGUCAGGAUAUUUCCAUUUUCUUAUGGUUCAAAAUAAGUAGGCUGCUAAUCUAUCUAGAAAUUCCUUUCUAGAAACCUUGGGUGCAUUUUCUACUCAGGUUCGCAAGAAGCAGUAAGUUCACAAAAAAAAGAAGACGUGCAUUUCUCAGGUAAACCUGUUUAUUGUGAACAGUUCUUAUGGUUAUUCGCUUGCACUCCAUGUGCAUUAGGACAGUUUGGGACAGUUUCAGACUUUUCAACGCACAACCACAAUGCAUUCUGGUAAGUGUAGUCCUGCUGUGAAAGGUGCCUGAACGCACUGCAAUGUGAGUUGAAAAGCCUGAAGUGUCCCAAACGUUCCUAGUGUACAUGGAGUCAUACGGUAACCCCAGGUGCGCCAAUGUAAGCAAAUACACGCACAAACACAUAGUUGGUGUAAAAAGGAUUCUGGGAAGUGUAGUUUAUUGUAAUUUAUGCUAAAGGAAAAAUAAACUACCACUUUCAGAAAGCUGUCAACAGAAUAAAUAAUGAAACGAGGAGGUGUUUUUUUUUUUUCAGUUGCAUGCUUUCUUUUUGUUUUGCUUAAUAUAUACAUUUAACUGGAAUGUUUUUUAAUUACAUUGUGUCAAUUUUAUGAAGACUGCUAAAAGCACACCAAAACUAAUGUCACUGACUGUUGGACUGUAUCAGAAAUACUUUACAGACAAAAAAAAAAAAAAAAGACAAAAAUAAUGUGUACGACCCUCUUCAUUUCCCUGCCCUGUGAUUGCAUUCUUUCAUUCACUGUACCUGCAACACACCCUUACAUCAGCAAACAUGCUAAGCUGUGGAGAGAACAAACACAACAGCCCUUAAUUCAACACAGAUACUGUGUAUACUAAUACAGGUCAGGAAGUUAUUAUGGAUGUUUUGGUUUUUUUUUUUUGCUUUUUUAUUGAAUCAUCUCCCCUGUUAGUGGGCCAAAGACUUUAUCAAAAACACCAAGGUCAUUCCCUUCCUGAAAUACUGCAGCUGAGCAAUUGUAAAGCAAAAAGACAACGGUCUCAAAGCUGCGUGUCAGUCCGAAUGCAGUGCCUUCUUUUGACAAAAUAAAAAGCCAAUCAGAAUAUGUCACCAGCUUUUCAUAAUGCAUGGUUUGCCCGGGAGAGUAACCUGGGCACCAGGAAUGUUAGACAAUGGCAUUUUGUUCUAAAAAUAGCCAAAGCUAAUUCUUUACACAAGGAGAACAAAGAUCGUCUUCGUGAUACA